UGUAAAAAGAAAAAGAAAAAGAAAAAGAAAAAGAAAAAGAAGAACCCUAAACCCUCCAAAACGCCUCUGUGUCCCUCAACAAAAACCCUAAAACCUUCCGGAGCUGGUUCUCGUCUUCGUCUUCGUCUUCAAAGGAGAAUUAGGGCUUAAGCUACAAUAACAAGAACAACAACAGCAACAAAAGCACACACAGUUAUAUUCAUUGUUUGAAUAGUUACCAACUGCGGCAGAGAGAGAGAGAGACAUGGCGACCUCGAUUGCGUCUCAGUUAGAAGCCAUAAAAUCCGUGAUACAAGCCGACACAGAGCCGUCGGUCAAGAGGCCCUUUACACGCCCUUCCAUUCUCUUCGACGCUAAAGAGGCUGCUGAUAUCGAUAUCGAUACCAUUUUCUCUAUUGCACUCCAAGGUCUGGAUGUCCUUGUAAGCACCGAUGAGCGAUUUAGAAUCUACAAGAAUGACUUGUUCAGCCAAAAAAGCAGAGAAUUGGAUAGAGAGUUGAUGGGCAUAGAGGAAAAUAAUGGCAUUAACGUUUCGAUCAGUUCAUACUUACGAUUACUCUCAGGACACUUUGAACUCCCAUCGUCAAUCAAGACACUUGAGUACUUGAUACGCCGAUAUAAGAUUCAUGUGUACAACUUCGAGGACUUAAUUUUGUGUGCUUUGCCAUACCAUGACACCCACACAUUUGUUCGAAUAGUUCAAUUAAUUAGCUUGAGAAAUAGUAAAUGGAGAUUUAUGGAUGGCGUAAAAGUUUCUGGUGCACCACCACCUAGAAAGGUUAUUGUCCAGCAAUGUAUUCGUGAUAAGGGGGUUUUGGAGAUUUUAUGCAACUAUGCAUCCCCGUCGAAGAAGUAUAGGCCUUCAAGGCCUGUGAUAAGGUUUUGCACGGCAGUUGUUAUCGAGGUUUUGGGUUCCUCCACAUCUGUUGACAGUGAUGUUGUGCAGAGAAUCCUAUCACUUGUUGUUUCUGGACUUGAGGCUGGCACAAAAGGACAUUCAGAAAACAAGGCUGGUGCCAUGAUGAUUGUUGGUUUGCUAGCGAGUAAAGUUACAUUAUCUCCCAAACUUGUCAAGAGUUUGAUGAGGUCAAUUGCUGAAAUUGCUCGAGAGGAGGCAAAAGAGUCGGCUGAUCUUCAGUUGUUUCGCUUAUCGCUUAUGACUUUGAUCAACCUUGUUCAGCUGCAAGCUGUUGAUAUUUUCCCAAUCAAGACUUUGGAGAUUUUGAUGGACAUUAGGGAUUUUGCUGCUAUACUUUUGGGACUGUUUAACGAGUUCAAUAUUGAUAGAUUUGUAUGGGUACUUUUGGAUUCUCUGGUUGACUACAGUUCUUCUAAUGAAUCAUGCCAGCUUGCUUUGAUCUCAAUAUUAGAGACAAUUCCUUCCAAGAAUUUUGUUCAACAUGCAGUUUCUAAGGUCCUAUCAUCCUGCUUGCAAAGUUCACAGAAAAUAAAAAAUUCAACAUCAUCUUUAUCAGGAAGUUGGGCGAAGAAGAUCUUAGUUGUUCUGAAUGAGAAAUAUCAAUCUGAACUACAGGGAGCGGUUCCCAAAUUUCUUGAUGAAAAGAAUGUACAGUCUAAGAAAGGGGGCUCAGUACAUGAAAUUUUGGGUAAAAUGUUGGAUGGUAAUUUGGACAUGUCACUAGCUUUCUCAGAGUCAAAAAUUUGGUUUGGGUUGCACCAUCCAAAGGCUGAUGUUCGCCGUCGCACACUGUCUGCAUUAGGCACCUCGGGUGUUCUGGAAGCCAAGGCCACAAACCCACAGAGUCUUGUAAGCAUCGAAGAUGUUAUACUGCGACAACUUCAUGAUGAUGAUCUUACUGUUGUUCGGGCAGCUUUGUCCUUAGACAGAUUGUCCACUAUAAUAAGUUCUGCUGACCUUUUUGAAGCACUGGGUAAUGUGCUUAAAAGAUGUAUUGGCAUUCUGAUGUCAAGUUCAUUGGAGAACACCAGUCUAGCAUGUGAUGUUUCUGUUUUGUGCCUGAAGAAUGCUAGCUCUGGUAUCGAUGAUAACAUUGAAUGUUGCAAUAUACUUGCUUCCAUGAUUUUUCCGUUACUCCUUGUUCUACCUAAGACACAGAGGUUAAAUUUGAAAGCAUUGGAAUUAGCGAAGGAGGUAAAGUGGCCACUUUUUGAGAAUCUUGCAGGUGCCUCCAACACAGCAUUGACAUCGCAAGCAGGAAGCCUGUCCUCAAUUAACAUGGACACCAUUGCAAGUUUGGCUGGCAGGUUCUCGUUGCACCCUGAAGAAUUUAUGCCUUGGCUUAUUAAGAGUUCUAAUGACUUUGAGUUGUCAAAGACACAGUUCUUCUUGGUGAUGAUGCAGACGCUUCUCAUUCAAAAGAAUAAAUCUGCUGGAUUUUUGGCCCUUUUUGAAGUUGGUUUUCCUGCACUGAAGGCGGAAUGGGAAGCAUUUGAGUCAAUGGGUGAUAGCUCUAUAGAGGAGUUCGAUAAGGACGUGCUGAAUUGGGAUUGCAGAAUAUUCCUUGAUAAGCUGGACUCCAAUUUGAAGGCAUUAAAUGCAAAUAUUCUAAUUUGCCUAUUUUGGCGGUUAAUGGAGGCAUUUUUAUCUGCGAUGCCUGCUGAUAUCUCUAUGGAUAAUGAUAAGAAGUGGGCUAGCUGGCUUAGGGACUUGUUUGUCUUUUUCUCAAUCUCUAAGUUUAAGAAAGUCUUCAAAGAACACCGUCAUUACCUUGUCACGAAGUGCAAAAUCUCUGCUGUUCGCUUCCUGCCCAGGUUUUUCACAGAAGAAGAUGUUCCCCCUGCAGUCCAAGUUGAGAGUCUUAACUGUUUUGCAUAUCUCUCUCUUCAACCAGAAGUUAGAUUGCCAAUUCAACUUCUUGCAGAAUUUCCGUCUUUUCUUGUUCCACUGGCUAGUUAUAAACAGGAUAUAAGACAUGCUGCCAUGAACUGUAUUGAGGGGUUACACACACUUUGGGCUCAUGUUGACUCUUCAAGCAAGAAAAAUGGAAACCAUGCAACUUGGAUUCACCUUCUCGAUAAGCUUUUGGACUUGAUGGUUCAACAAAAAAGGCUCAUCUUAUCAGACAGAAACUUUCUUCCUUCCCUUUUGCCCUCUUUGCUCAGCCCAUCCUGCCAGGGCUUCAUAGCACCAAAGAAUGUUGAGCUCAGGGUUGAUCAAUCUACAAGAAAGAAGAUUCUUGCUUUCAUUUUGAAUUCUGCCCUGAAACUGCCUGAUUAUGCAAAGCUUGUGAUUCUAUCUUUGCUUAGAGGAAUGGGCAAUGCCAUCAUACAUGAUAGAGAGAUGAAGUCAUUUUUAUCUCAGCUUUUGGGAAGACGCAGUCAAAAUUACUGUGAACAGCAUGUCUACAGCCAGAAUUUGUCAAAAAUUGAAGUUCAGAUACUAUGCCUUCUACUGGAGAGUUGUGCUAUGCCUUCUUCACUGGAUGAGCAUGUUUUAGAGGAUCAUUUAUUGGAGGCUUUGAAGUUGGAUGGUUUGGCUCCAGAAGACCCUGCUGUUAUACAGCCUUGUGUAACUGUUCUGCAGAAGCUUAACAGUCAAAUAUACAGUGGGCUGAAGACAGAAAUACAGGAGCUUCUGUUUCAGGAACUUGUUUCUUUAUUUCGGACUGCUAAUGGUGAUAUACAAAAGGAGACUCGAGCGGCCUUGCUGCGGUUAAAUAUUACUUGCUCUACUAUUGUUCAGACGCUUGAUUGCAUGGUAAACAACAGAAGUUGUGUAACUGAUUCUGGGUAUGGAAAGAAGAAAAUGAAGUUAACGGGGCAUCUGAAGUCAAAUCUGUCCUGUGAUUUGAUAUUUAAAGGAGAGAAUGCGCUCUCUCCCCUUAGCUCCCUCUUGGAUGUGUUGCUAUUUAAGAAAGACAUAGAGAACAGGGAUUCUCUUUUGGGGCCAUUAUUUAAGCUUCUUUACAGAACAUUUUCCAAUGAAUGGGUACAUGGUGUUCUUGUCCAGGAUGAAAAGCAGAUUCAAGUUUCUUCUAGAAAUUGUGACUCCAUGUCAAGCGCAAUAAGUUACAUACAACAGACGCUGCUGAUAAUCCUGGAAGAUAUUAGUUCCUCUCUCACAAAUUCUGUUCCACUGGCGGAUGACAUAAUAAAUGAGAUUGAUGUCAAAAUGUUGGUUGAGUGUGCCCAUUCGGUGAAGGAUGGAGUUACUCGCAACCAUGUGUUUUCACUAAUUUCUUCUAUCACAAAGAUUAUUCCAGAAAAAGUUUUGGGGCAUAUACUGGAUAUUUUUACUCUUAUAGGAGAAUCAGCAGUCACACAGAUUGACAGUCAUUCGCAGCAUGUGUUUGAGGAUCUUAUAUCUACAGUUGUUCCAUGUUGGUUGUCUGGGACAGGCAACAAUGACAAGUUGCUCCAGAUAUUUAUCAAUGUAUUGCCUGACAUUGCUGAACAUAGAAGGUUAUCAAUCGUUGUAUACCUACUCAGGACUUUGGGAGAGUCAAAUAGCUUGGCUUCAUUACUUGUGCUUCUCUUCCGUUCAUUGGUUUCACAAAAAGGAUUAUCGUGCUUUGAUAACAUGCAUGCUUCAGAUAGCUCCACAGCUUCAUUACAGAGACAGUGGGAGUAUGCCCUGGGGAUCCACAUAUGUGAGCAAUAUUCAUGCAUGAUAUGGCUUCCCUCUCUGGUAAUGAUGCUUAAACAAAUAGGAAUGGGUAUUCAGUCUCAAGAACUGUUUAUUGAAUUGUUAAUUGCGAUGCGGUUCACCUUACACAAAUUGCAAGAUCCAGAGUUUGCAUUCAAGCUUGUAUCAGGGGAAGAUUCAGAAAAAGUUCAGGCUACAUUGGAAGAACUCAUGGAACAGGUUGUCUCUCUCCAGCAAUCUGUAGAUGCAAGGAGGAAGAAAAAGGGUAUCCAUGUCUCUAUUAGGAAAGAGUUGAAGGAGUGCAUGCAUGGUGUAUUAAGGACUAUUACUAUAGCCAUGAUGCCUCCGACACACUUCAAAAGCAUAACUAAGUUGCUUGGCCAUAGAGAUAGAAAUGUUGCAAAGAAGGCUCUUGGUCUCCUAUGUGAAACAGUUAGGGAUCAUGACAGGGUCAGGACAAAGCAUAAAUAUAACUCAAGUUCCAGUCAUCAGUGGCAGCAUCUAGACGAGAAUUCUCUUGAAUCAUUUCGCUAUAUGUGUUUGAAAAUUGUUGAUUUGGUUGAUGAUUCGUCAGAUGAUUCUGAAGCCUCCUUGAAGGUGGCAGCAGCUUUGGCUCUAGAAGUUCUGGCCCAUAAGUUUCCUACUAAUUAUUCCAUCUUCAAUGAGUGUCUACCAUCGGUUACAAAAAAUAUCAGUAUGCAUGACUUGGCAGUGUCCUCAAGCUGCCUUCAAGCAACUGGUGCUUUGAUCAAUGUGCUUGGGCCUAGGGCACUAUCUGAGCUUCCUCACAUAAUGGAAAAUUUGAUUAGGAUUUCUCGUGAAGCGUUUUUAUCUUCAGAUAUAAAAACUACAUCUGGGGUUGAUGAUGGCUUGCCUGUUGUGUUACAAAUACCGAAGGAAUCUCUUAUUUUAUCUAUUCUAGUCACUUUAGAGGCUGUCGUGGUUAAGCUAGGGGGUUUCUUGAACCCAUAUCUAGAGGAAAUUACAAGAAUUAUGGUGCUUCAUCUUGAUUAUGCGUCAGGGUCUGAUCAGAAGCUGACAAUAAAAGCUGACUCAGUACGAAGACUCAUCACUGAGAACAUCCCUGUUCGACUUGCUCUACCACCCAUGUUGAAAAUAUUCUCUAGUACGGUUGAGUCUGGUGAUUCGAGUUUAACUGUUUAUUUUGGAAUGCUGGAAAACAUGAUUGGUAGAAUGGAUAGGUCAUCUAUUGGUGGUUACCAUGCUAAGAUUUUUGACUUGUGCUUGUUUGCUCUUGAUCUACGUCGUCAACAUCCUGCAUCUGUUCAGAAUAUUGAUGAUGUAGAGAAAAAUGUAUACAAUGCAAUGGUUGCUCUUACUAUGAAACUCACAGAGUCCAUGUUCAAGCCUCUUUUCAUUAGGAGUAUUGAUUGGGCGGAGUCAGAUGUGGAAGAUAUUGCGUGUGCAGGAAAUAUACCUAGGGCAAUAUCUUUCUACGGCUUGGUAAAUAAACUUGUGGAGAACCAUCGGUCUCUUUUUGUUCCUUACUUCAAAUACUUGCUCGAGGGUUGUGUACGUUACCUAACUGUUGCUGGAGAUGCGAAGGCUUCCGGUUCAACACGAAAGAAGAAGGCUAAGAUUCAGGAGGGGAAGGACAACAGCGUGUCGCUUGGAAACUGGCAUCUCAGGGCUUUGAUACUAUCGUCAUUACAUAAAUGUUUUCUCUAUGAUACUGGAAGCUUGAAGUUUCUUGACUCUUCAAAUUUUCAGGUUCUACUGAAACCCAUUGUUUCACAGCUUGUCGUAGAUCCACCAUUGUCUCUAGAAGAGCAUCCCUACAUACCAUCCGUGGAGGAAGUCGAUAAUUUAUUGGUUGCUUGUAUUGGCCAGAUGGCUGUGACUGGAGGAAGUGACCUUUUAUGGAAGCCAUUGAAUUACGAGGUGCUGAUGCAGACACGCAGUGACAAGGUUCGGUCCCGAAUUUUGGGCCUGAGAGUUGUGAAAUAUUUGGUGGAGCAUCUGAGAGAAGAAUAUCUGGUAUUCCUGGCUGAAACCAUUCCCUUCUUGGGUGAAUUGCUUGAGGAUGUGGAGCUCCCUGUUAAAUCUCUUACACAGUCGAUUCUCAAGGAUAUGGAGACCAUGAGUGGUGAAAGCCUCAGCCAGUAUCUGUGAACGUGAUUCGUACGCUACUGCUGGCCCACGACGGUGUUCUUUGUAUUUCGGUGAACUUGUCGCACUAUCUACUAACAAAGACGUAGGAUCUCUCAGCUGAAGAAUGCUUGGAUGCGUAUUCCUAAGGGAACUAUAAAAGUUUUGAUCAUUUUAAUUGAUAGAAUGGUUGGACGGUAACCAAAUGCCAACCUUAUUUUUUGUUUGUAAAAUUUGGGUCCUGGAAUAAUUCCAUUAUAGAGAGUGGCCUUGUAUUUAUAUAGGCGCAGGCGCAGCUCGCAGGUUGGGCCUUUAAUUUUGUAGUUCACCUUGCAUAUAAUUUUGCGAUUCUCUGCCACACGCAAGUGGUAAAAUUUUAAUGCAAAAUCAGUUGGAAAACAUGA